UCUCAACACAGCGGAUUUUUAAUUUUUUGAAGAAGCGCCUUCCAUGGAACCUUACCCUUACCCUGCUGCGGCGAGGACUGGUAAGAAAACAUACCAAGGCGGUGGCAGUUAAUUGUAGUGGAAUGAAUAAAAGAACAAAUUUAUUCAAUGUCAUCCACUGCCAAUCUCAAUCGAAGUCUCAGAACUCUGUGUACAGAGGGUCGUUUGAAAGAGGCUGUACGCAUUCUUUUUAAUACAAACAACGCUGCUGUAGAUUCUUCCACGUAUAUUCAUCUGUUGCACGCCUGCAUUGCCAGCAAAUCCCUCUUUGAGGGGAAGCAAAUUCACUCUUACAUAAACGACAGAGGAUUAAUAUUCACUCCACACACUCUGCUACCAAAUACACUUAUCAACCUGUAUGAUAAGUGCGGGAGUUUGUUGGACGCUCGCACUGUUUUUGACAACAUGACUGAGCCAAACGUCUUUUCAUGGAAUGUGAUAAUUUUAGCUUACAGAAAGCAUGGCCUUCUUCAAGAGGCAUUGAAACUAUUUCAUCAAAUGCAACGAACAGCAAUCCAACCAGACCAUUUCACUUUUUCGACUAUUAUCCCUGUAUGCGCCAGCAUGGCUUCUCCAGAACAUGGUUUACAGAUUCAUGGAAACGUGAUUAGGCGUGGAUUUCUUUCUAAUGUUAUUGUAAUGAAUACCUUGAUAGAUCUGUACGCAAAACGUGGAAGCAUAGGAAAGGCACACGAGCUGUUUGACAAAAUGCCUCAACGAGACAAUGUCUCGUGGAAUGCAAUGAUUGUAGGAUAUAAACAAAAUGGGAUUGAUGAAAAAUCUUUAGAUAUUUUUAAGCAGUUGCAGUUGGCAGGCGUAAAUCCAAACUCGGCGACCUUUACCAGCAUACUCCCGGCUUGCGCCAAAAUGGAAGCUUUGGAAGAGGGUAUGGAAAUUCAUCAGAAGAUAAUUAAGAGUGGCUUUUCUUUUGAUGUUGUAAUUGUGACAACAUUGAUAGACAUGUAUGCAAAGUGUGGAAGCAUACGGAAAGCACAAAAUUUGUUUGACACAAUACGUCAGCAGGAUGUGGUUUCGUGGACUGCAAUAGUUGCCGGAUAUGUACAAAAUGGACUGGUUGAUAAAGCCUUGGAGAUUUUCAAGCAAAUGCAAUUGACAAGUAUUAAGCCCAACGCACUAACAUUUACUAGCAUCCUUUCUGCGUGUGCCAAGUUGGGAGAUUCAGAACAGGGUAUGGAGAUUCAUCAAAAAAUAAUCGAAAACAGAUUUGUGUCAGAUGUUAGACUUUUGACUGCCCUGAUAGACAUGUAUGCAAAGUGUGGAAACCUACAGAAGGCUUAUGUAUUAUUUGAUAAAAUACCUCAACAAGAUGUGGUCUCAUGGACUGCAAUCAUUGCUGGAUAUGCGCAAAAUGGGUUUGCUGAUAAAGCCUUUGAGGUUUUCAAGCAAAUGCAAUUGGCAGGUGUAAAGCCAACCUCAGAAACCUUUGCCAGCAUCCUUCCAGCCUGUGCGAAGAUGGGAGCUCUUGAAUUAGGCGUGGUGAUCCAUCAACAACUAAUAGAAAACAAUUUUCUGUUAGAUGUAAAAGUUGUGACUGCCCUGAUAGACAUGUAUGCGAAAUGUGGAAGCAUAACAAAGGCACGCAAAGCAUUUGACAUAAUGCAACACCAAAAUGUGGUUUCAUGGAAUGUGAUGAUUGCAGGAUAUGCAAUGCAUGGCUACAGCAAAGAUGCCCUAGAACUCUUUGAAUUGAUGAAGCACUCUGGAACCAACCCCAACGAUAUAAGCUUUAUCUGUAUUUUAUUUGCAUGCAGCCAUGCAGGUAGAGUCGCCGAUGGCUGUAAAUACUUCUAUCUCAUGAGUGAGUCGUAUAACAUACUACCCAAAAUGGAUCAUUGUGUAUGUGUGGUUGACAUUCUUGGUCGUGCUGGCUAUCUUGAGGAAGCCCUAAAAUUUGUCAUCAAAAUGCCUAUGAAGCCUGAUAUAGUUGUAUGGGUUUGUUUGCUUGGUUCUUGUAGGUCGCAUAAGAACAUAGCAUUAGGAGAAUUUGUGGCAAGAUUCCUCAUUGGGAUGGAUUGUAAAAGGACUGGACCCUAUGUUCUUAUGUCAAAUAUUUAUGCAGAAGCAGGCAGGUGGUGUGACGUUCAGCAGGUAAGGAAAUUCAUGAAUGAUAGAGGAAUUGAAAAGAUGCCUGGAUGUAGUUGGAUUGAAGACCAUAAAAUGGUACAUACUUUUUGUGUUGGAGACAGAUCACAUCCACAAACACAGGAGAUCUAUGCCAAGUUGGAGAAAUUGUCUUGGGAAAUGAAGGCAGCAGGUUAUAUUCCAGAUACAACACCUGCAUUGAAUGAUGUAGAAGAGGAGGAGAAGGAAUUAUUCCUUGGCUACCAUAGUGAGAAGCUGGCAAUUGCAUUCGGGUUGUUAAACAUGGCCCCUGGAACAACUAUUAGAGUUGUCAAGAACCUUCGAGUAUGUGGUAACUGCCACACUGCAAUCAAGUUUAUCUCCAAGGUUGUUGCAAGAGAAAUUGUUGUGAGAGAUUCAAACCGUUUCCAUCAUUUCAAACACGGAGAAUGUUCGUGUGGAGAUUAUUGGUAAUUCUGAGUGAAUAAUCUAUAAACACGUGCUUGCACCAAAAGGAUGUAUGGUGUAAGGUUCACAAUGGUUUUCAGGAAGGCCAUUCAGCCCUGGACUGGAAAGCUAGAGGAGGAGAUGAAGGAAAAUGAAUUUUUGAGCCUGAGGGAAAGGGGAAAGUGUAUAACCAUCAGGAAAUAUGAGUUAAGGGCUUACAAUCAAGUCUCUAGGAUAUGUUGAGGAGAGCAUCUCUUGAUCUGUACUUGUACCUUAGUCAAUUUGUAUUUUAUUUUUGUCUGAAAUGAUCUUAUUAUCUUGUGCAUAUGUCAGGUCUGCAAUCUGGGCUAAAUUCUAUGUGACUAGGUUGACUUUGUCUUGUCAACGGUCAGAGAAUACCAAGGAUACUUUACAUAGAAUGAAUGUUGAUUACUCAAGACUGUUCAAGUCUGUCUGUGACAUUCAAUAAUCGAGACGAUUGAAAAAUCACGGUGGUCUGGGCUUUACGAGAUUCGUUGCAUAAUUUACAUAAACUACCUACCUGUCAUACAAUGUGUAGUUCCUUUUAUUUGGACAAAACAGAUUAUUAAUACGUUUGUAAUAAUGGUGAGAGGUCUGUAAAACGGUUAGAGGGUAAGUCCCUGGGUUCGCUGCUUUCAGUUUCUUCACUGAUUGUAUUCUGUUGUAUUGCAGCCUUUGUGCUGGUUGUUUCUUGUUGCUUCUCUUUGUUGUUUCGCUGGGCUUCAUCAUAUAUCUUUCUUGAUUUGUAAAUUGUAGAUAAGGGUUUGGGCCCUUUCAA